AUGUCGGUCGACUCGCAGAAGAAGGAGCUGAACGCCUUCUUCUCGUACUUCGCCACCUUCGACCUCGCACGCCCCGUCACGACCAUCGCAGACCUGUCGGAUGGCGCGGCGCUGUUCGAGAUCCUCUCCAUCGUCGAUGCGGAGUACUUCCGCCAGCCGGGGCGGCCGGCGGCCCAGCCCUCAGACAACUGGGUCCUGCGCUUCUCCGCGCUGAAGAAGCUCUACCGGCUGAUGACCCAGUACUUCUCCGAGGUGCUGCACCAGCCGACGGGUGCGCUCGAGGUGCCCGACCUGCAGGCGAUCGCGAAGGACUACAACGUGAACGCGACGCUCAUCCUGUGCCGCCUGACGAUCGCCAUCGCCGUGCAGUGCGAGAACAACAAGGAGAUCAUCGAGCGCAUCCAGAAGCUCACGGAGUCCGAGCAGCAUGCGCUCAUGCGGGUCAUCGAGCAGACCAUGACGAAAGUCCGGAGCUCUGCGGAAGCGGGGAUGGAGGCGAGCAUGACCGAGUGCGUGAUUCGAGGACGCGUGCGCGAGCACGACCACUACUACCAGAUCCAGUCGGAACGGAGUCGGAUACUCUCGGAGAAGGAGACGUUGGAGAAGGUGUAUCAGUCCCUCUUGGAGGAGCACCGGACGCUGCAGACCAACUACGAUGACGUCGUGUCGGAGAAGGACGAUGCUCUCGCGCAGCUCAGGCAGGCGCAGCGCGAAGCUGAUAGCAAGCGCGUCGACACCAGGGGAGAUGCGAUGAUGCGGGGCGAGAUUGACCGUCUGCGGGCAGACCUCCAGAAGAGCGAGGACAACCUUGCCAUGGCGGAAUCCGAGCUUGACAAGCAGACAGUGCUUGUGACCGAGCUCACUCGCAAAGUGGACGAGCUCCAAGUUACAGCAGAUGAGGCUACCCGACUGAAGGACCAACUCGAUGAAUACCGGCAUGCAGCUGACAAGCUCCAAAAGACGGAGAACGUCAUGGAGAAGUACAAGAAGAAGUUGCAGGAGGCGGCGGACAUGCGCCAGCAAGUCAAGGCACUAGAAAAGCAGAAUGCAGACCUUGUGGAUAAGAACGCCGCUCUUGAGGACGAAUAUCGGAAGGUUGCGGCGUUCAAGCCCCUCAUGGAGUCGUACAAAUCGCAGAUUGCGGAACUAGAGACUAAAGCCUCCGCUCGCAGCAAGGAGAUCGACGCGCUCAACUUCGAGCUCGCGCAAACUAAGAGCAAGCUCAAGGCCGCUCAGGAGGAGCGCGCGAAGGACUCCGAGACCCUCGAGCUCUACCAAGAGCGUGUGCGCGAGCUCGAGCUCACUUCGCAACGUCCAGUGGCCGCGUCGCGCGCACGAUCACAGCCGGCAGAUAGCGAUCCUACAGGAAACAUGACCGAGUUCACGGAGGCCGAACUGCUUGGCAAUGAAGGAGCGGCCACAGAUGUCGACGACGAUGUUACGGGUCUCGGUGACGAGCUCGACACCGCGAUCGCAGGCACGACCAUGACGGACCUCAAGCUGCAGGUGCGAAAGCUCCAGCGCGAGCUCGAGGCCGUGCGCAAGAACGAAGCGGACGCCAGUCGCGUGCUCGUGCUGGAGAACCUACUAGACGACGCGAACCGCAUGAAGGCGCGCUACGAGGCGGACUACUUGGCCGCGCAUCGCGAGAAGCUCAUGCUGCAGAACAAUCUUGAGGAAAUCAGGAGCGGGAAGUCGCUCGGCGAUGGAGCGGAGGCGGCGAUCGCUCUCCGUCAACGUCUCAAUGAGACUGUAGACGAGCUGGACAAGCUCAAACAGGAGCAUGCCGAGCUCGCAGUCAAGUUCGAGGCGAUGAACAAGGAGCUCACCGUUGCGAAGUCCGACUUGACGCUCGUCAACCGCGAUCAGCUUGACAUUCUCAAGACCCUGCGCGAAUCCGUCAACGAGGACAAGGCCGAACUCGAAGCCGAGCUCGACCGCCUCCGGACGCAGGUUAAGGAGCUCUCGGACAAGAACAAGAUGCAGCUCGAACAGAUCAACGGCCUGCUCCUCGAGAAGGUCAAUCUCCAGAGCGAGGGUAUCGACCAACGGGACCGGAUGCUUCAACGCGAGCGUGCGAUUGGCGAUCUCCGCGCGUCUCUUUCCGGGAAAGACGUGCCCGAAGACAUCAAGCAGCGCAUGCUUGCCCUUCACGAAGAGAAUGUCAGUCUCAAGGAGCAAUACAAGACUGCUCAGGAGAAGCUUGUCAAAGCGAAGGCUUUCAUUAAGCAGCAGGACAAACUGUUCAAGGAAGAGCACGCGAAAGCUGGCGGAACCAUUCCUACGGGGGCGUUCGAGGAAGCUGAGACCAGCUAUCGCUCGCAAAUCCGUAUACUGGAAGAUGACCUUGCCCGUCAGAAGCGCCUGCUCUCCGAGGCCACUAACCGUUACAGGAGAGAACAAGCUCUCAUGCUCGGUGCCAUCCACAAUAUGGGCAUGCAUACCACGAGAGAUCAGCUUGGUUACGCAAAGCAGCAGUCCCAGCCUGGGCCAACCAGUUGGCUCAAGCAACAACGACAGAAUGUGGGUUUGGACUGGUCUCAGGUUAUCCGCCAAGCUCAUCAUAUGCAUCUUAGCUUGGUCCCAUGCUUCGACGAUGAAGAGCGUCCGGAUUGA